AUGGUCCAGCUAUCCAAAUUCCUCGCUAUUGCAGCUGCAUGUCUGGCGGCCCCUACCAUCGCCCACCCAGGAGAGAAGCAUGAUCCUCACGCCGUGAAGCGUGAGAUCCAUACCCGGGAUGCCAUGGCCGCCCACGCUAAGCGAUCCCUGGGCGGUUGCGAGAGCACAUUGCAUGCGCGCGAGUUGAACAAGCGUAGCAUCGCCCGUCGCUCGAGCACUGUCAAGAAACUCCGUCAGAAGCGCGGGAUCACUGCCUCUUCCCAGAAAUGGCGCCGUGAUCUUGCUGCCCUGGAGAAGUGGGAAGCCAUCGACCACAAUCGCACUGGCGUUCUCGAUUACAGCCCCGCGACUCCGGAGUCUGUCGUCUUCGGUGCUAACACUAGCUUCGUUCUGUCGCCCACAAUCACUGAUGGUCCCUACUAUGUCUGGGGCGAGGUUGUGCGCCAAAAUGUCAAGGAGGAGCUGUACUCGGAUGGUGUGGAUGUUUUCCUCGAGGUGCAGUACAUCGACGUGACUACCUGCAAGCCCGUCCCUGGCGCAGUGGUCGACAUUUGGCAAGCCAAUGCCACCGGUGUCUACAGUGGAAUCUCAAUGUCAGGCAACUACGCCGCAGACGGCUGGGACUCAACCUACCUGCGUGGUAUCCAGCAGACGGACCGCGACGGCGUCGCAACCUUCGAAAGCAUCAUCCCAGGCCACUAUGAAGGCCGAGCAACACACACCCACCUCCUCACGCACCUCAACGCAACCCUCCUACCCAACAAGACACUCAAAGCGGACACCGGUAGCGUGGCCCACAUCGGUCAGCUCUUCUGGAACGAGGUCCUUCGCAGUGCCGUCGAGAACACAUACCCCUACAACACCAACACGCAGGAGAUCACCUCAAACGCCGAGGAUAUGUGGAGUAUCGAACAGGCUGACAGCGCUUACGAUCCCUUCCCGGAGUACAUUUACCUCGGUGAGGGUCUGGACGAUGGGUUGUUCGCCUGGAUCCAGAUUGGAAUCAACACCACUGCUGAUUACACUGAUGACUCCUACUACAAUAUUGCUGCUUUCCACGGUGCUGAUGGUGGUUAUCAAAUUUCUGAUAGCUCGUUCGGUGGUGGUAGCGGUGGUCCCGCCGGUGCCUCUGGUUCUCCUCCUAGUGGUACUGGUAGUGUUGGUCCCACUCCAUCCGCCUCCUCUAGUGUCUCUCCUUAA